ACGCAUAAUUAACUUGAACUUCUUCUGCGAUUGAUGCCUUUGAAAAUUAUUUGAAAGAAAGAAAUUCAAACACAUUUAUUUUUAAUAAAAUAGGAUGGCAACAGAUAGUCAGAAAAUUAACGAUGUAUCAUAUCAAUUGCUUGCAUACGAACCGAUACAUGAGACGUCUUUGGAUGUCGAUAUACAAAAUAUCAUCAUGGGCGUUCAAGAUAAUACUAAAGAAGUCUACGAACAAGCGUUGGUAAAUUUCUUGGUCAAGGAAUCCAAAGAAUUUGACAUCCUAGAACUAAACAAAGAAAACAAGAGGGAAAAAUUGUGGGAUGCUCUACUGAAGAUUUUAAUCGCAAAUCCCGAGAAAAGUGCUCUUUUGGCGGACGUGUUUACAGUAUUUCGAAUCGUUAGUCGUGAUAAAUCAUCAGUUAACAAACUGGUCACAGAUGAAUGGAUUGGUUUAGUUUUAAUGCACAUUGGUUUAAAUGACAGAGAUUAUGGUUAUGACGAAGUUACUCUGUGUAAAAUAGAAGAAGCCCACAAGGUCCUAUGGAAUGUCCUUUUUAACAGCAGAGAGCAAGUUGAAGCUACUGUGACAAACAGCCUCCUGGAGAAGCUUGUAAAUAGGAUCAAAACAUAUGAUAAGGCCCCUGUCCCAGAUAGCAUUAAGUUUUAUGAUAUGAAAAUUAUUUUUCUGAUAUCUGCUUUAUCCAUUAAUGUACGACAAAAAUUGGAGGACGAAUUGAAUGGGUUUAUAUGUUUUUUAAAUGUUUUGCGGGUUAUCCUGAGGGAAGCCGCCGAAAACUUGGCACAGUCCGAUCUCCUUCCUGCCAUUCUUGACGACCAAAAGGCAGAAAUCAGCUGCGAGACUUUGAAAGCUCUCUUUAACAUAACCUUAAACUGCUCAAGUGACGACGAUUCAUUAGCAAAGUACAAUGAAUUAGUGCGCGUACUUAGGGAUUACCUUUUAGCGUCGACCGCGAGCAUAGAAAAAACUUGGCAACUGCGCAAUGAUAUAGUUAACUUAUUGACCAACAUACCCUCUGAAUGUUAUCGGGAAUUGCUCACUCUUGUUGACAGUUCUGUUACUGUACCCAAGGUUUUAUGUUUUGAAGGUUUGAAUAUGAUUGUUAUAUAUGAAAUACUAAUGUUCCUGAAGGCUAAGUUCAGCGAUGAAACGGGGGUGUCCAAACAAUUGGAGGUUUAUUCACCAGUAUUAACAGUACUGCUAAAAGGUGCCACGACUCAUAGACCAAUAAGAAAGUUUUUACGAUUGCAUAUAUUGCCACCUCUGAAAGAUGUGGACAAGAGGCCAGAGGAAACGGACACCCUAAGGGGUUACCUCUGCAAAAUGCUAACUACGCCCAUUACUCAGGUCAGAGACCUGGUUGCUGAGUUACUAUUCGUGCUCUGCAAAUGCAAUGUGUCGCGAAUGAUUAAAUAUACUGGGUAUGGGAAUGCUGCCGGGUUGUUUGCGCAGAGAGGUUUACUGGGCGGUAGGAAAGACAACGCGGAAGCCGAUUAUAGCUCCAGCAGCGAGGAUAGCGAGACCGAAGAGUACGCCGAGCAGAAACACCUCAUAAAUCCGGUGUUGGGGUGCUUGGAGCAGCCCCACGAAGAUCCGAUGGCCGGUAUGACGGACGAACAGAAAGAGUAUGAGGCCAUGAAAUUAGUCCAGUUGAUGGACAGUUUGACUAGGUCGGGAGCGAUAAAACCUUGCAGGGUAGGGGCGGAUGGCAAGCCGCACGUCAUUGAGCACAUUCUGGAGCUGCAGCAGGGGUUGAAGAUCCGCGAGGCGGCGGACGAUUCCGAUACUGAUUAAAUAUUUUUUGCGUCUUAAUGUCCCUUCUAACACAAAAUGUCCGUCUAUCUACGGGUAUAUUAAAACGUACAAAGCGAAAACUCUUAGUAGACGUCCUCACCACAUUCGAGAUUAUUUGCGUAGACCAUAUAGCCACAAGCUACCCUGUCUAUGCCAGUACUAUAGGAACUUAUGAAGCAACUAUGAAAAAUAAUUUCGUUUUUAAGCAAUGACCUAGCGACAUUCAGGUACAUGCCUAGAUAUCAUUAAAUGUUUUGGAAAAACGAGUCAAGUGUGGGAAAUACUUGUUUAGACAGAAAAUGGCCCAAAGUGCAGGUUAGCGGAUGAAAUGUAGAGGCAUGCGCUGAGAAUCAUUACGUUCCCUUCGACAAUAUCACUGCCGCCUGCGGUGCAUCAAUGUUUACCAUAGUGGAAAAAUUAUAUUAUCUGAUAGCUAUAUGGUGUUGACGUUUACUUUAGACAAGAUGGCUUUGGGUUUACCAGCUUUCAGUUUUUCAGUGUCGUCGUCGUCGUCGUCUUUGUCGAUGUAUCGCUCAUGUGAUUUAACUGCCAAACCGGUUUUCAAUAUUUUACUAUCCCGAUUUAAGUCGCAAUUACCUAUUGUCGAUUAAUAUUUCUCAUAUUAAAGUGUGUUUACACUGUCUGAUUUUUUUAUUUGAUUUUCGAUUCCGCUUUUAAAAUGUAUGUAUUCACACCAUUAGAUAUUACACUUGACUCGCCCUUUUAAACAGCACCUAUUAUCGUCCGAUUAUGCAACGCGCAUGCCAAACAACUCGCUAAUGGUGUAUUUAGAGUUAUUUUUAUGUUUCUUUAGUGUUUUAUUUCUGCGAAGUCUGUAAAAUGCCACAGACCACAUUCAAAAUAAUCAUAGUGUGUAAAAUUACUAUUAAUAUGUUAUUAACAAAUAGCUGCAAUGUGCGACUUUCAGAAGAAACUCUCAAACGUAGUAGAGUUUUUGGAAUUAGGGAAUAUUCCGAGUUCAUCUAAUACUAAAUUUGCAACACUAUGUCAUUCGUUAUGACGGUUAGGAGCCAUUUUCUGACCAAUAGGGCUUUUUUAAAAAUUAUUUUUCAUUUGGCCGCACUUCCGAACUUUAACAUAAAUUUAGCAAUGAAGUAGCAGCGAUGUUUGUUAUCUUUUCGUUCAAACUAAUUUUUUUUUUAGACUUUAUAUUUUAUCAUGAUACUACAGUUACGAAAAAUGCCAUUAUUUCCGAAUAUCAAAAUACAAAUAAAAUCAGAUAGUUUGAUUGUCAAAAUCGAAUCCAGCUGACAAUCAUAAGAUAUUUUUACGCUAAUGUCCUCUAAUGGAAGGUUUAUAAUGUAAACACACUUUUAAUUAUUUACAUUCAAAGCGCCUUUGCGAAAACACUGUGUAAUUGAUAUUUUGACAUGCUAAUGAGUUUUAACCACAUAGAUACCAAAAAUAUAGAGGCCCUGCCUACAGGAACUUAUGAAGCAACUAUGAAAAACAUUUUCAGCAGGUUUGAAGUCUCGCUUUUAACCAAUUACCUUGCGGCAUUCAACAACCAACAUGGCCGCUGGCAGAUCGUCAGUAAGUUUGGAUGAGGCAUUUGUACAGUUAUAUUUUCUCAACAUACCUAGCCCAAACUACAGGUUAGUGGCUGAAAUGCAGAGGCAUGCGCAGAAAACUCCCAUUUGUCUUAAGAUUUAAUGGGAUCUGGAGAGCAAGAAUGCAGCGACCAUGUUCGUUGUUAAAUGUUGAAAGGUUUAUUGGUUAAAAGCGAGAUCUUAAAUCUCGCGCAUGCGCAUGUUGAAUGAGCCUUUUCAAAAAAAUUUUCAUAGUUGCCUCGUAAGUUAAUGUAUUAACGCUAUAGGCAUGACCUCAAUGUCUGUUGUAGCUAUAAGGAGUUAACAAUAAAUUGAAGUCAUGGAUUAUUUAUGGCAUAUCUUCAAUUUUACUAUAUUUUUAAUUACCAAGACCCAAGGAGCAUGCGCUGCAAAAAGUUGAGGUUUUCGUAUGAAAUAAAAGUUGGGUGGUAAUCGCAAAGGUUUUUUUGGUUAGAAUUAUUAUUACUAAUAACUUGAAAUAAAUGUGAAAGAAUUGACUAUGCAUUUUUUUUGCCUGAC